UGGAGCCAUGGCCGAGCACAUGAUGAUGUCCAUGAGCCACAGUGGUCCUGGGCUGCAGAGCUACCGCAUGGGGGUGAGCGGGCUGCAGGGACCCCCGCAGCACGGGCAGCAUGUGCUGAGGACACUGCCUACCGCCAGCCAGAUGAUGCCCUAUGGAGGGGCGGGCAUGGAUGGCRCCAUGAGGCCAAGACCCAACCUCAGUGGACAGAUGGGUCAUCACCAGAUGCAGAAURCGAUGAUGUUCAAUGGCCCAAGUCAGCAGCAGCAGUACAUGGGGCCAGUGGGCACCCAGCAACUCAUGGCUAGCAUGCAUCUACAAAAACUCAACACCCAGUACCAGGGCCACCCACUGGGUAUGAGCAAUGGGCCCGUGGGAGCCAGUGCCCAGCAAUACAGAGUGGGGCCAAGCCAGCACCCAGGCAUGCAGCAUAUGCCCUCGCCAGCGCUGACCUUAAACGUUAUGGACACAGAUCUCAUAGAUGAAGAAGUCUUGACAUCCCUUGUUCUGGAACUGGGGUUGGACCGGAUUCAGGAGUUGCCAGAGCUCUUCUUGGGACAAAAUGAGUUUGACUUCAUUUCAGACUUUGUUAGCAAACAGCAACCCAGUGCCAUCAGCUGUUGAGGUGCUUUGGCCUCCUCCUUGCGUGUCGGUGGUUUUGAGUUUGUUUUAACUUCCUUCUCCGUCUGCCGUCCUCCUCCCUUCCCCUGUCUUGCCCUGUCCUGGAUUCCUGAUGUCCCCAAAGAGACAAUCGUCGGACACUGGCUUGCACUGGAUUGCUUUUCUAUUCUGUGUGUGKUUUUUUUGUUUUUUUUAAUUGGGGAUUUCCUGGGGAGGGGAUGUGCAGAUUGAGAGCUCUUCCUGCAGAGCUGCAUUUAAACGACAUUAACAGGACUUAUGGCUUAAGUAGGGGAAAAAAAGGACCUGUAACUUUCCACGACCCUGCUUUGGGUUCACAAGAUGAUGGACAGCCUUCAGCCGUGCCAGCAGYUGGAUUUGCUCAAGGCUCUGUGUUGCCAGCAAAGCUGAAGGAUUCCCUGAGAGAGGAUUGUCUCCCUGGUGCAUGGUUUGAACUAGUUUUCCCCCUCGCAAGCAGGGGUGGGAUUACAUGUUUGUUGGGACUCUACUGUGAUGGUAAAUAGGUCCUCAGACUGGCCUGUUCAGCUUGGAAAGGGGGCAAUUCCAGUUAGCUAUUUCCUAACUGAAUGAGCAAAAUGAAGUCUACCUUCAGGAAGGGUUUAUAUAUGUGCCUAAAUAUUCAUCUCUGUACAACUUUGAAUUUCAACCUGUACAACAAAUUACCUGUAAAAUUUACUGAGUACGAGACUGAUUCAGGCACAAGGCUUAAAGCUGCAGUCUAGCUCCACUUUUUCCACCUCAGAAACCAAAUAAAGACCAUGUAACUGUAUAUUCCAGAUCUAAUCUUAUUUAUUAUUUUUUCCUUAUGAUUAUUUAUUUGCAAGGGCUCCUUUUGUUAUUUGGCUUUGGGAUUGCUGGGAAUGAUGCAUGGAGUGUACUGCAGCUUUGAGRUACUGGCUUUAAAAAGAGCUUGGGAUAGUUUUCAAGCUGCUCUGCAGAUAGUCAGUUCAACCCAAGAUCUUUAUGCUGAAUAUGUAAGGCUGUGUAAAUCCAACACCCUUCUGA